AUGCAGAAACCGGCCUCCACAGAGUCAUUCGUGCGGUACGACUUCCGGUCAGAGGCCGAGGAGAAGCCGCCCAUCGCCGAGGCCACCCUCUGCUACCGCUUCACGCUCGCCCGCUACAGGAGCAUCGUCCCCUUCGUCUCCUACGCCUAUUCAGACAAGGCGGACAACGCGAUUCUCGUGUUCCAGUCCAACACCGACCUUGAAUUUUACUACAACGACGAGAAAGAGACACCCGAUCUCAGCGUGGAAGACACCCUGGACGUCUGGAGUCACCACUGCCUUGUCUUCUCGCAUCCCGUGUUCAGAAUAUACGUCAACGGGCAGCUCGGCGCCCAAGGCCUCCUGAGCACGCCCGACCCGGCCAUCCCACUCAACGGGACGCUCUACCUUGGCCAGGAACAGGAUCGCUUUGACGGUGGCCUCGAUCCUAGCCAGUCCUUCAGCGGCUUCCUGGCCCAGAUUCGAAUGUAA